GCUGUCACAUGACAUUCAGUGAAAAGAGAAGUACUAAGCUCCACUUUUAUGUAUCCUUGGAAGCUCCCAGUUUUUAUAUAUGUCAGUCCGUUUGAUGAUUUGAUCUCAUUCUGUUCCGCUUCUUUUGGAAAACAUGCAUACAAUCCAUACAUGCCACUGAAUCUAAUCCAUUCCAAAUGUUCAAGAAAAGAUUUUUAACUUUUACAUGCAAAUAAGACCCGGUCCAAAUUUGGAACUUGCAGUUUCCGUUGACUUCGUCUUGGUCCAGAAGUAGAGAACAUACCUCUUUUUCAGGUUAGAAAUUGUUUGUUUUUACACUUUUUUUCGUUUUCAGAGAGAGUUUUGGUAUCUGGGUAUUGCAUAUUUGGUUGAGAUUUAGCUUAGAAAUUGACUGAAAUGGCUGUUCAAGAAUCAAGUUGCAUGCGAUAUAAAUUGUGGGGUCAUGCAGAGAAUUUGUGAAUUUCUGGUUUUUCGAGAUUUACCUUGGAAUCUGUUAAGAAGCUUGGUCAGAAGAGUAAAGGUGAAGCAGUGGUGAAGAAAGAAGGCAAGACUUGUGUAAGGAAGACGCAAAAGAAGGCAAUGAGUCAAAACGACAGAAGCUUUUGUAUUUUACUGAGAAAGCUACUUGUAGUAUUAAAAGGAUGUUGCAAUAAUAUGACAUCAGCUAAGGAAUUUCAUUAACAUGGAGCCCUUGGAAUAGUAUAUCAACAAGAUUUUCUCUUGCUGGGCAGCAAAAAUGGCUUUGGCUUCUCCUGUAAAAGUGGUUCUAGGCUCAAUCGCUUUUGUAAUCUUCUGGGUAUUGGCGGUUUUCCCAGCUGUUCCUUUUCUACCAGUUGGGAGGACUGCAGGGUCCCUCCUGGGGGGCAUGCUAAUGGUCAUAUUUCAAGUCAUAACUGCAGAUCAAGCAUAUGCUGCAAUUGAUCUUCAAAUCCUUGGUCUUCUCUUUGGGACCAUGGUUGUCAGUGUAUAUCUUGAAAGGGCAGAUAUGUUCAAGUACUUGGGAAAGUUGCUCUCAUGGAAGAGUAGAGGGCCAAAAGAUUUAAUUUGUCGAGUCUGCCUGAUUUCUGCCAUUUCAAGUGCUUUUUUUACUAAUGAUACCUCUUGUGUAGUUUUGACUGAAUUUGUCUUGAAAAUUGCAAGGCAGCAUAAUCUCCCACCUCAUCCUUUCCUUCUUGCCCUGGCCUCUAGUGCAAAUAUUGGGUCGGCAGCAACUCCAAUUGGCAACCCCCAAAACUUGGUUAUAGCCGUUCAGAGCAAGAUAUCUUUUGGAAAUUUUCUAAAAGGAAUUCUCCCUGCAAUGAUCAUGGGUGUAAUUGUCAAUGCCCUAUUUCUUCUAUGUAUGUACUGGAAGUUGUUAUCUAUUGAAAAGGUUGAGGAAGAUGUAGAUUUAGAAGUUCUUGCAGAGGAGGAACUGAAUUCUCAUCGUUUUUCACCAGCCACAAUGACACAUUUUACACCCUUGAAUUCUCCUGGACAUGUUGAGAACCUUAGGAACCGAUCAGUUCUGAGUGCAAAUGAAAUCCAAGGGGUUCCAAGUGGCACAUUGGAGUCUGCAAGAAAUUCUAAUGCAUCAAAAGAGGCAGCAAAUGAUGUAUCUUCUCAGGUAAAGGAGGAAACAAUCCCUUCAGAAGGAAAAGAUGAUUUGACCACGAGAUGGAAAAAAAUAUUGUGGAAAUCAUGUGUUUACCUUGUUACUAUAGGAAUGUUGAUUGCUUUGCUUCUGGAUCUAAAUAUGUCGUGGACUGCAAUUACUGCUGCGCUUGCUCUUAUGGUUCUUGAUUUCAAGGAUGCUAGGCCAAGCCUUGAAAAGGUCUCCUAUUCUCUGUUAGUCUUCUUUUGUGGAAUGUUUAUCACAGUUGAAGGCUUUAACAAAACUGGAAUCCCAAGUACUCUAUGGGACUUUAUGGAGCCCUAUUCAAAAAUCGACCGUGUUAGUGGGAUAGCAAUUCUCGCCAUUAUCAUACUUGUCAUGUCAAAUUUGGUUUCAAAUGUACCAACUGUUCUCUUGCUUGGAGCACGAGUGGCAGCAUUGGCAGCUGCAGUUUCUGCAGCUGAUGAGAAGAAGGCAUGGCUAAUCUUAGCUUGGGUCAGCACAGUAGCUGGGAACCUCUCAUUAUUGGGAUCAGCUGCCAACAUAAUCGUGUGUGAGCAGGCUCGCCGAGCUCCCGAACUUGGGUACACUUUAUCCUUUUGGAGCCAUCUCAAAUUUGGAGUCCCCUCAACUCUUAUAGUCACUGCCAUUGGUUUGACACUUAUAAGAUGAUGUUGAUGCUCUUACACAUGACACAAUGUUUUUAUGUAAUAAAUUUUGUAGAGGAAGAUUGUUUCAACAUUUGAGCAGUUCAAAGCUGACAAAUGUUGUUUUUCUCUUAAUCUCUAUUUAAUUAUAACGUUUUUCAAUAGUUGCUGAGUGAUUAUUUCAGAUAGACAUCCACUGAACAAUGGGGUGAACUGUGCAUCACUUGCCUAUUUAUACUAUUAGUUUGACCAGCUCA